ACCCUAAAAACAGGGCCAUGGCGGACGAGCGCUCUAGGCGCGCUCCAGAUGCAACGAUCAUCAGAGAGUCCAGGUACACGGCCGUUUUGCUGGAAACCUCUCCGUCCGUGCACGACAUUCCAGGCCUGACGACUGCAUCGGGACGCGCGCUGUCGCAGCCGUCUGUGGAAAAUCUGGAGCGAGCGCUGGAGCUCCUGGACGCAAGGGUCCAGCUUCACGACAACGAGCUCGAGGACUAUCUCUUGCCCUCCCCAGCGAGAAUCGUUGUCUCUGAGCAGCCCGAGCAGCCGAUCGGCGUAGAUAACCCGGAAGAUUUCCAGCUAGAAGAAUAACUUCGGUAGGUAUGUGAUCGUUCCUCGAUGAAAUCGAACUUCCAGGAACUCGAGCACAUAAAACUCUGGACGAAAGAUAUCUGCGUGAAGAGACAAACAACAACACCACAAGUUUACAACGUCCCGGCUGUUAGGACAAUCAUUGUUCUUGCAUGACUUGGUAUAGAACAAAUAAUCACACAUAUUUGGAUUUCAACAUCCUUUUCUUGCC